UAUAUGUGCGGCUGUGCGCCUCUCCGGGAUCACGGGGAAACGCUCAACCGAGGCGAGAAGCACCAGCGACAACAACCAGAGCAGAGACUUGGACAUUACACGCAGCCGACGUCCUCAGCAGCCGGUGCGCGGAGCGGAUCCAGACGGACUCCAUACAGUUUAUUCCAGCAUCAGAGAGGAGUGUGGAAAGUUUGGAGAAAUGCAGUCAGUGUACCAGCACCUGAUAAGCCUGCUGUUUGUCUUCAGCAGCCUGCACGUUAACCAGCUGACGGAGGGCUGCUCGUGCGCCCUGACGCACCCGCAAGACGCCUUCUGCAACUCCGACAUAGUGAUUCGGGCUAAAGUGGUGGGCAAGAAGCUCCUGAGAGAUGGACCUUUUGGAACAAUGCGCUACACGGUCAAGCAAAUGAAGAUGUACAAGGGUUUCGACAAAGUCCAGCACGUGCAGCACAUCUACACAGACGCCUCAGAGAGUUUGUGUGGCGUUAAGUUUGACAUCAACAAGUAUCAGUACCUGAUCACAGGUCGGGUGUAUGAUGACAAGGUCUACACAGGGCUGUGCAACUUCAAUGAGCGGUGGGAGCGCCUUUCAUUGGCCCAGAAGAAAGGCUUCAACCAUCGCUACCAGCUGGGUUGCAACUGCAGGAUUAAGCCCUGCCAUUACCUGCCCUGCUUCGUGACCUCAAAGAACGAGUGCCUGUGGACGGACAUGCUGUCCCACUUCGGCUAUCCCGGCUACCAGUCCCGGCACUACGCCUGCAUCCAGCAGAAGGAGGGCUACUGCAGCUGGUACCGGGGCAUGACUGCACGCGACAAAACCACCAUCAAUGCUACCGACCCCUGAACCCCAAAGCACCCUGCUCAAAAUCCACUGCCACCUCCCUGACUCCGUCCCAUCCCGAUCACGUCUAGAGUAUUACAGGACUCUUAAAGCUCACUGGCCUGGGUGACAGCGUCUUUAAAUGGGCAAAAAAAGACAAAAGAUCAGAUCCAUUACAGUGCCUGUUUUGUAGCACUUCUCGUAGAAAACAAUACCUUUUUUGUGCAGAUCAUCCUGUUGAAUUCAUUUUCCAAAACCAUGAAUCAAACAGUUCUUGCACCAUACUGUCUCUAUAGGGUUCAGUGGUGUUAAAAGGUAACAAAGACAGGCUUUUAAAGGGCCAGUAAGAUGUAUAAGACUUUGAUCGACUAUUGUGAUCUUUAGAACUGAACAUAAGCAGUGACAUGUACACAAUUAAAAGCAUCAAUGAUUGUCAUUCCCAUUAAUUAAACCUGCCGUUAGCCUAUUGCUAAACAGGUAUUUUGGUCGUUUUAUUCAAUAAUGCAGUUAAUCUUUUAAAAAGCAAUGACUCUCAAAACUAAAGGUCUAGUAAAAGCAAAUUUCAGAAAAAUGUAACGCCAGUGAUCACUAUGUCAAAUUUAAGAAGUUGUGACGUUGUUGCUACUGAACUAUGUUUGCUAGCGUUUGACUCAGUUCUGCAUGUCAGCAAUAUCAAGCAGAGCCGACAAUUGUUUCAACAAUACUGAUCGAGUGCCAAUGUGAUGUAUGAUUCCUGAAAGUUAUACCUCUUAUUUCGGCUUCCAAAAACUUUUUGAAAAUGGUAUUGUUUUACAGUGAAGUAUACAUCGAUUAUGUUCAGUUUUUGCUGUAACAUGUGUCUUUAUGGAUGGUAGUAUCUCUGCUUACCUGAAUGUUUGCAGCGUAACUCAUUUUGCAGUUAUAUCAGAAAACGGCUCCCUUUCUGUUGAGCACUGAUGAAUAUCAGAAAUGCUAAAAAAAUGUCUGUCUGUUACAGUGCCAACACAGGGAAAAGCUCUAGCAGAGAUGGUGAUAUUUUAUUUUUUGCUGUAUAUAACAUAAGCUACAGAAAUGAACUAUCAACUCAGCUGAAACCUCUGUCAUACAUUUAUUUAUAUGUUUAUUGGAUUAAUCUGUAACCAUGUGGUGUAUUUGCAAAAACAGAAAAAAUAUGUUGUAACAGGUUAAAACUAUAUUGUGACAACGAUCACAGCCUGUGCAGCCGUCCAGAAUGAAGGACCAGUAUGUCUAAUGGAAUGGUACUUUUGGUAAUUUUAUUUAUUUUAUUUUUUUUUUAACGUGAUCAUAACUCCCCCCCACCGAUAUGCUUCACCAAUCCAAUGAAAGUCAAGUAUAAGCAGAGGUUUCAGACAGUGAGAUAUUUUCUAAGUGUAUAUUCAAUCUUUUUGUAUUUAACUAUUUCAAAUGGACAUCAUAUAUGAAAGUAACAAUAUUGUCACAAAAUUCAUUCUUCACCUGUUCCCAUCUAGGGUUUUUUCUUAUUUUUUUUUUUUUUCCCAGUGCUGUACCUUCAGUCCAUUCCAAUAACAGACACAGAUUGACCUCAUAGGGAGUAAUGGCCCCUUCAUUACGAACACUAAUUGCAGGCAGCAUAGAGGACAAAAACUAUGGCUUUGACCCAAGUUUGACAUUUUGAAAAGUAAGCUUAUUUGCUUUCUUGAUUAGAGUUAGAUGAAAAGAUUGCUACCACCAUUGCUACCUUAUGUUAUGUACACUAGUGAAACUAUAAAACUACAAACACAAGAUGGUUAACUUAGCUAAGCAAAAAGAGAGGAAACACCUUUUGCUUAACUGCAAUAAUAUUUGUCAACUUUUAUCAUUAAAGCUCACGAAUUGUCUUUUAGAGCUUUAGAGGUGCAGGUCAGCCAAGCUACCUGUUUCCCGUCUUUGUGCUACGCUAAACAGCAAGAAAGCAAAUAUAUUUUACAAAAUGUCGAACAAUACCUUUAAAAUUCAUCUCCAUUCCAAAAUGAAAAAACAUGCUGUUUUCCUUGAGUUUUUUUCAUGUAAAAACAGCAUUUAUAUUACUUCCAUACACUAAAACUUUCCGCCAAAGUCAGAUUAUAUCAGAGAAGGAAGGCAGCGAUGGCCUGGAUCUGAUGCUCCAUAAGAGGCCAAUAUCAUCCUAUUUAAUUUUGCAAUACAAGUCCUCCUCUUUCAGCAAAAUAUCACUCAAUCCAUCUUAAUAUUUAACUUACAUUUUCCCCUUUUUUAAUGAAACAGUUCUCAGUCUAUUAGCCUCUGCUUGAUAAUGAAUCUCUGGCUUGAAUAUGCAACAAACAGAGUCACAAUUAGAUAACAAUGUGUUUUUCUUUUUGAGGUUACAAGAAAAUUAUUACCGAACCGAGGCAAAAUAUUUUGUAUAAAUCAAACAAAUAUACAAGUAGAGGUUAUUUUGGCGUGUAAAACAUCUUUCUGUUUUCAUUUGGGAUGAAGAGGCUCUUUCUCCAGCUAUGGUGUUUCUGUGUCACUAUUUCUGUGGUUCAUGUUUGUGUAAAUAUACUGUCUGCUUAACACAGAAACACGUGGUCAUGUUUGAUCCUUUAAAAAAAAUCAAGGAAGCUGUGUACAGUCUGUGUGUAAACACUGAUUCCUGAAGUGUGUUUUUUUUUUUGGGGGGGGGGUGUUUCCUUGUAGGGGUUAUAGAAAUGUUUGACUUAAUUUCUGUGUUUUAUAUUUUUAUAAUAAAGAUUUAAUGAAAAACGGGCCACAGGAGGUCUGCUGUGA